AUGCGCACAAAGACAUAUUUCACAUUUGAUUCCCGAGCCGAACAACAAACGGAAGUUUAUUUGCGUUAUGGACAACAUCCGGAAUUGUAUCCAAAUCGGCGUGGUGAAGUAGUACAAGGAUGUGAAAAUGUUAUGACAUGUCCCAUUAGGCCAAUAGGGUCAGGCAAUGAACACUGUCCUUAUGAUUGGCUUGCAGUGUACGAUGGUCGUGAUGAGCAUUCGCCACUUAUUGGAAAAUUUUGUGGCCUUGGCAAAUUUCCAUUCAGCAUAAUUGGUACCUCACAGUAUAUGUAUGUCGAAUUUGUAACAUCACCGGCGGGGCCAUUGCUAAACACAGGAUUUCAUUUCAAUGUUGGCAACUGGCCAGGACAUGUCGAAACGGCAGGCAUAAAGCAUGGCAUUUGCGAUUGGCUGCUUAGUUCCGAUUCACUUAAGGACAGUAGCGCGAGUGAAGGCAUUUUCCUGAGUAUUGCCCACUGGUAUCCACCGAACACAUCAUGCAGUUAUCACAUUAAAGGACGAAUAGGCGAAAUAGUGCGUUUAUAUUUUCCAAGAUCUCAUUCCAGUAAUAAUCCUUUAAAGAAUCCAAAGAAUGUUUGGAAGAGGUAA